GGUAACCCGGUUCCUUACACAGAGAGCCAAGAAUAUAUAUAUUAAUCUCAAAAUUUAAAUUUUUUUCUUCCUUUCUUCUUUUCCUAUUCAUUUUUUUCUUUAUUACACUCCUUACUCAUUUUAAUGCUCGAACAUACUGAACAAAAAGAAGCAUAAAGCUGAAAAGUAUAUUCCGCCCACAAAUAGAUGCUUAUAGCGGUCAUGCGCCGUCAACAUUAAACCGAAAAGCUGCUGCGCAUCUCCAAAUUUCACCACCUAUCCUUCAACAUUCCACUAGUAUAUAUUCAUUAGUAUCCCCCACCCGAACAGCUUUUACCAGCAUUUACUCGAACGAUAAAAGUAAUGAUAUCCCCUACGAGCUUUAUCAACCACUCUCCCCUCCUCCUCCUAUCCCUCAACAAAGAAGCCCAUGGUCUUCAACACCACCUAAUUCUCUUUCACCUGCACCUCAACGUCGCACAAUGAUGCCUGUUAGAAGGGAAUUUGAGAGACCUAUGCAUCCUCUUGACCUCGUGCCAGAUAGAACACAAGAAAGAAAUCUUAACAGGUCAAGAAACGCCGAAGCACGCAGAACAGUUGCUACCGAUCCAAGAGAGCAAAUAUCAGAGGAUUAUGUCAUGGCCGUAACAUCUAAUACCGGCCGUAGACAUUCUUGUUCAUCCACUGUUAUUUAUAAACAACAACAACAACAAAGCACUAUAUCAAUUAAGCCCCCAAAAAAUGAAUUGACUCACGGGAAGUCUCUUCGUACUAAAAUAAAGGAGAGACGUCGUAGUAGCAAGGUAGGCAGCUCAUUUUCGGCCUCUUCUGCUGCAGCUACAUUUGCGUCCUUGGAACAACCAUGCAUGGAAGCUAGCAAAUCUACACCAUUAAGAAAAAUUAAGACAUAUAAUGUCCCUAAGAAAAACGUAGCUGUGGAUGUCGAAAAAGAAAGAAAAAUGCAGGAACUUGAAGAUUUGAUCACUGGCCGACGCGGAAGCACACUCAAGCUUACUCUAACGCCAAAGGGGUUGACAUAAACCAGCAUUUUAAUUUACAGGGCCCAGUUACAUUGGGAAUAACCAAACUCAUACUCCAUUAUAAAUAUUUACACCCGCACAGUUGCAACCUCAACAACCUAAUACUACCAUUACUAUUUAAACUUUCUACUUAAUAACUACUACUAUAACUACUACUACUAUCAAUUUAAUUACUAUGCCUAAGAUUCAAUCUUGCUCCUAUCGCUUCCAUUACCAUCAGACACUCCCUUUUUUUUUAUUUAAUUACAAAGUUCGAAAGAAGAGCGAGUUGUCAAUUUGACAAUUCGGUAAUAAAAUUUAUUUCACACCCAAAUAAAGCUGUUCCGUGAAGUAUAAUGAAUGUCUAAUUUUACCCCUUUAAGUCGAAAAGGUUAAUGUCAAGCUUCCAAUUAUGUCUAGAUUACAUACAUAGAAUUCGAAAAUAGAGUGUUUCUUUUGAUCUAUGGGCUCCGGUUAAUGGCGGGCAUACAAAA